UGGACCCCACAAGAAUAGAUGGUUAACACCUGGUGUUAGGUUUAAGGUAAGACUCAGUUUUAGUAGGUUGGGGUCAGGUUGAGGGUUGGAGUUUGUCACCCUGUUGUGAUGGUUUUAUGGUUAAGGUUAGAGCGACGGGCUAGAGAAUGCAUUAUGUCAUAAUGUCCCCACGAAUAUAGCAAAACAAGGGUGUGUGUGUGUGUGUGUGUUGGGGGGGGCGCUAAUCUCAGCGGCGCCACCUUAAAAAAACAGUCUCGCGGACCUGUCAAUCUGGGCGAACCAGACAGACCCUGGCUCGCGGCCCUGCUGUGAGAACCGCUUCGCGAUUGGCCGACGGCGGCAGUCCUCGUGAGAGCUGAGCGCCCAUUGGCUGCAGCAUGUCGAGACGCCGACGCGCACGACGUCUCCCCUCUAUUGUUAUUGUGGCGUGCGCGUGAGGAACGGGCAGGAUGCACGAGGAGACACUGGGGCCGUUAGAAGGAUAAAACAACAGAGAAGACACUCGAACUGGCGCAGCGACACAUCUGAGGAAUAAACAGUAGCUGGUUCUGUCCGGGGAGAGCCGGACCCAGCGGCCGUGUGUACGCCGACACACAGGCUCAUACAAAGGGCUACAAACAAACAGCAGCUCCGGUCAACACGGAGAGAGAGCUCGCGGAGCUCCCACGUCUUUCUGUCCAAGUUCCUCUCCCCCGCUCCGGCUCAUGUGGACUGAUUCAGAGCUGGGCCAUCACGAUGCCAGUGAACUCUCUGGUCACUCAUUGGCUGACCAACUUAAUACCAGCAGCAUCAUGUCGGUGAACCCUCCGAGCAGCAGCGACGCCUGCCUCAGCAUCGUCCACAGCCUCAUGUGCCACCGGCAGGGCGGCGAGAACGAGGGCUUCGCCAAGCGGGCCAUCGAGAGCCUGGUGAAGAAGCUGAAGGAGAAGAAGGACGAGCUGGACUCGCUCAUCACCGCCAUCACCACCAACGGCGUCCAUCCCAGCAAGUGUGUGACCAUCCAGAGGACACUGGACGGAAGGCUGCAGGUGGCGGGCAGGAAAGGCUUUCCUCAUGUCAUUUAUGCGCGGCUGUGGCGCUGGCCCGACCUCCACAAGAACGAACUCAAGCACGUCAAGUUCUGCCAGUACGCCUUUGACCUGAAGUAUGACAACGUGUGUGUCAACCCCUACCAUUACGAGAGGGUUGUGUCUCCCGGCAUCGUUGGUCUCAGCCUUCAAAACACAGCAACACCAGGCGGCCUCAUCAAAGAGGAAUACAUCCAUGAUUGUAUACAGAUGGACCUCCCCCCCGGCAUGCCUCUAUCUGACCAUCAAGCGGCCCUGAAGCUGCCUCCUCCGGACCACUAUGGCCAGCCCCUGCCUCCUCGACAGCUGUCCUCUGAGCCCCAUGGACCCCCACCUGUCAGCAGAUACACUAACCUGCCUGUAUCACCCAAAGUGUCUGGCUCCGCCUCCAUGAUGCCACUGCAGGGCGCUCACAGCGACAGCCAUCUCCAAACUGCAUCUCCACAGGCUCAAGUCAUGACCCCGGCUCCACGACCUCCGACUCCAACUCAACCCCCACCUCAGCAACAGGCUGCCCAGCAACCCUCACAGCCCCCCCACUCACAGCAGCCCUCCCUACCUCCUGCUCACUCACAUGGUCAGAACGGAUACAGCAGCAAUAAACACUCUCAGAGUCAGGCUGUCUUCCACAGUGAGUUCACACACACAGUUUGGACAGGCAGCAGCACAGCCUCCUACACUCCCAUAGGACCCCAGCAGAACGGGCGUGGUCACCAACAACCUCCCCUCCAUCAUCCAAACCACCACUGGUCUCAGCAUCAUGGCUCCACCUCUUUCCCUCCUUCUGUGUCCAAUCAUCCAGGACCAGAGUUCUGGUGUUCGAUCUCCUACUUUGAAAUGGACGUUCAGGUGGGCGAGAUGUUCAAGGUGCCCUCCAGCUGCCCCGUGGUGACCGUGGAUGGCUACGUCGACCCGUCAGGAGGCGAUCGCUUCUGCCUCGGCCAGCUGAGUAACGUCCACCGCACAGACGCCAGUGAGAGAGCCAGGUUACACAUAGGUAAAGGUGUGCAGCUGGAGUGUCGUGGUGAAGGUGACGUGUGGAUGCGCUGCAUGAGCGACCACGCUGUGUUUGUACAGAGCUACUACCUGGACAGAGAGGCGGGCCGAGCUCCAGGUGACGCUGUACACAAGAUCUACCCUGGAGCCUACAUCAAGGUGUUUGACCUGCGACAGUGCCACAGACAGAUGCAGCAGCAGGCGGCGACGGCUCAGGCUGCAGCUGCUGCACAGGCCGCCGCUGUGGCGGGAAACAUUCCUGGUCCGGGCAGCGUCGGAGGCAUCGCUCCUGCAGUCAGUCUGUCUGCGGCGGCCGGGAUCGGCGUGGACGACCUCAGGCGACUGUGCAUCCUGCGGCUCAGCUUCGUGAAGGGCUGGGGGCCGGACUACCCGCGGCAGAGCAUCAAACACACCCCCUGCUGGGUGGAGGUCCACCUGCACCGCGCCCUGCAGCUUCUGGAUGAGGUGUUGCACACUAUGCCACUGGCAGACCCAGGACCUGCUAACUGAAGACCAAGACCACGUUCAGAUUGUGAUCUGGAUUCUGUGAACGUGCACAGACACGUUUGUUUCUGCUUCAGGCCAAAUAUGUAAAUGAUAAAGUAAAUCAAUCAGAAACACACAGAAACAACAACAUAUGAUGCUCGUAACAAUCAGUGCGCACACACACACACACACACACACACACACACACACACACGCACACACUAAAACCAAAAGGUCUGUAGCCACGCAGACAGGAAGUGCUGAUGUCUGGGAUGUUUCUAAGGCUUUACUCUCCAGUCUGGACUCAGAGAGACCGGAUUCUGGAUUCUGGAUUCUGGACUGGACUCUGGACUGGACUCUGGACUGGACUCUGGAGAGCUUCAUCCAUGCUCCGACCAGUUCGUCUGCACUAUACAAAUGCAGGGACGCGUGUCAGAAAUCCACUUCCCUACAUUUAUUUUAGGAGUGUUCUGCACAUUCACUCAUGGACUACACACACACACACACACACACACACACACACACACACACACACACACACACACACACGUACAUGAGCGUGUUCUCCAGGAGUCGACAACUCUCCAGACAGAAAACUGAGUCCUGCUGGUUGAGCAGGACUGAUGUGUGGAUUCAGGAACCAGUGUUAUGUGGGUCAUCUGUGCUUGUGCUGCUCUUCACUGUAUCAGACUGUCAGCUCUGACGGCGCUCAGCUCAAACUCUUAUUUUUCUACCAAACGGCUAAAAAGCCAAAAACAUUUAGCUUUAAAGUAGUGUUGUUGUUCUCUGUGACAGUGCUACCCUGUCUGUAACCAAAGCCAGAAUACCUCAUAACUACACGGUCACAGUUUAGUUUCCCACCUGAGCCCCAGGUAGAGAGGCUGAGGUCAGAGGUCAGCUCUGAGGUCAGAGGUCAGAGGUCAGGUGCACAGACAGUUGUACAGCAGGAUGGACGUGAAAAACACCAGACCACCUGAGCAUGUGAUACCUGUGCCUUCCUCUGGUCUCACCUGUGAGGAAACCAGCAGUUGAUCUGAGCGAGUUGUGUCCAGGAAGUCCAUGAGUCGUUGCCCCCCCCCCCCCCGAGUUCAGGAAUCAGAGGCUUGACCUAACACAGCGUCAGCAUCUGUCUCUCCCUUUUACACAGAUCCAGUUGACUGGGACUGUGACUACCUCCACUGCAGGCUUAUUGCCAGGAUGACAGUGCACCCCCCCCCCCCCAAACCCCCCCACCCCACCCCCCACCCCCCCAGGCUGUGUAGAGGAGGCUACUGCUCAGUCUGAUGACAUCACAGAGCAGCUGCUGCUGUAGGAGUCAUCCUACAUGGUGCUAAAGGUUCAAACUGUUUCCUCUUAAUUAGAUUAAAUUAGACAAAUGAACAGAUUAAUUAGUUAAUAAUAAAGUAAAAACUGAAAUUAAAAUAAAAAUGGAGUCAAAGAAGAUUAAGUGAUAAAUUACAUUUCAUGCUGUGAUUAUUUAAUCACACUUAAUGAACUGUCAGAGAAACAAAGGUCACAUGACCUGCCGCAGCUGACUGAGUGUGAGUCUGUGGACUCUUCUGGACUCCUGGACUCUUCUGGACUCCUGGACUCUUCUGGACUCUUCUGGACUCUUCUGGACUCCUCUGGACUUCUGGACUCUUCUGGACUCUUCUGGACUCCUCUGGACUUCUGGACUCUUCUGGACUCCUGGACUCCUCUGGACUCCUCUGGACUCCUGGACUCUUCUGGACUCUUCUGGACUCCUGGACUCUUCUGGACUCUUCUGGACUCCUGGACUCUUCUGGACUCCUCUGGACUUCUGGACUCUUCUGGACUCUUCUGGACUCCUGGACUCUUCUGGACUCCUGGACUCUUCUGGACUCCUCUGGACUCUUCUGGACUUUUGGACUCCUCUGGACUCUUCUGGACUCUUCUGGACUCCUCUGGACUCUUCUGGACUCUUCUGGACUCUUCUGGACUCUUCUGGACUCCUCUGGACUCCUCUGGACAGUGUGGCACUGCCUACACUCCAGAAAAGGCCCGUUCAGUGUCAGAAGGUUGAACCCAGACUCUGCUGGUUGAGACAUGUUGUGUGACUCUGUCAGGAAACCUCCAUCGUCUGACUCAGCUGCUUUACAAAGAUCAUUAACAUAUGCAUAUUUGUGAUUUGUGCCUUUUGUUGUGGACAGUAGACGCGCCGACACUGGACUGAAGACAGACAGUCUGUCUCUCUACACAUGACGUUGAUGUUGCACAUUGUGGUUUGGUUUUCAGCUGGUUCCCUCAGGAAUCUGGACUCAUCCGACUCAUCCUACCUGAGUAGUGUUGUUUAUCGCCUUCGUCUUUGUGAGUGUAAAAUAUGAAUGAGUACGCUUGGCACUAUCUUAACCUUCGCAUGGACGACACAAGUAGAUGUCACAUUUAUCUGUUCCCCUCUGCCCGUAUUCAGGGAAGUGUUCGAGUAGGCUUUUCUCAGAUAACUAGCAAAUUCAUCCUCAUCAUCCUCAUCGUCAUCAUCAUAUGAUCCCAAUCAGAUCGCUCUUCAUCACAUCACCUCCAUGUGUCCAGAGAUGCUUCGCAGUCAGAGCCUGUGUGUCGCCAGCUUCAUUUUUAUCAGGUCACAGUUUGAGUCGGGGGGGGGGGGGGGGGGGGGGGGGGGGGGGGGUUCAGUGAGGGAGUUGGUCCCAGGCUGGUUCUACCUGUGAGCUGCGGAGCACCUGAUCUCGUGUCUCAGGGCCUCCUCACAUUUGGUACUCACUCACUCACUCUCUCUCUCUCACUCACUCACUCACUCUCACUCACUCACUCACUCGCUCACAGACAUUCUGGGACUAAAUUACAGUAGCAAUAAGUGGAAUUAAUUAAUUGGACCCACCCAGGUAGAUUAAGACCCACCUGGAGCUUCUGCUGCAGUGACUGAGUGAGGACCAGAGGAAUGUGAGGCGUUUAGGGCACAUCGGUAAAUUGUAGCUACAUAAAAUAACCUGGGUUACACUCUCCUCCUCUAAACCGCACGAUUCUCUGCACAUCAGUCACACUGCACCCCCCCCCACACACACACACACACACACACACACACACACACUGAACCGUCAUACACCAUCCACAAAGUCAAAGACAGAAGUUUCUGACCAAUAGGAUUCUUUGACAGCAGCUGCAUGUGAUCACAGUGUUAAUGAUCAUUACAAUAGUUGUAGGUUCAGUUCACACGUCCUCACUUGGACUUUAAAGGUCCCUACCAUCACACAGUGUUGCAUUGUGGGUAGAGCCUCAGUUCUGCUGGAGGGUGGAGUGCGGUUGUAAUAAUCAGGCUCCCAGCUGCACAGAGGCCUGGAUCAAGUCUUUCUCUUGCAUAAUGAGGAGUCGAGGGUGUGUUGAAAAAUGACAUCCUGUGGAACUACAACGUUCAGAACAGGUUUGGAUCAAAUAUCUCAACAUCUGAUUUAUUUAUUUUUAUACGUCUCAGUGUGAAACAUUUCUGGAUCAGAUUUCAUCCCACACUAAAACCACUGAUGAUGCAUUUAUCACCCCAGUCUGUUGUUAAUGAGAGACAACAGAAACACGUCAUCACACUCAUCAACAUUCAACAGCUUUAUUCUGACACUUCAACUAUAAUGAAACUAUGUAGUAAAGAACUGAAUUUGGCUAAUUUAGAAUAUUGUUAUUUUUAUUUUGUAGUUAUUUUAUUGUAAAGAUGUGCUGCUCUUGUAAUGUUGACUGGAUAUUAAAGUAAAAUCAACUAA